AUGGAAGAUGCCAAAGAGGUCGUUGCCAAGCAUCGCCGGCAUGGCUUUGAACAAUUAAAACGCGUUGUGCGAAAAUUCCUCGAGAAUAAUAUUGACCGCCGUCAGCUGCAAGAAGCGACGGAUCAAAUUGACGCCUCGGAAAUCAAGUUUCCGACGGUUGCUAUCACCACGUUGAGUGUGGAGGACGUUCAACGAUCCCUCCAGCUUGAACUAGAUGUUGAGGACGCCGAGAUGCAAGGCGUGCAGCCGCUCCCCCUCCCUCCUCACCUCAUGAGCACCCUUGGCCUAAUCGAAAAGGCCAUUGGUAACUCGAAAAUCAACGAGGCCAGCGCACGCUGGGUUGUAGAUGCCGUCAUCCUUCAUGCGUAUGAGGCGGCAACCACUGACAUCAAAAAUGCACAGCCUUUGAGUGUGCAAUGUGAACGGACCUACCAAUUCGGCCCAGUGAUACUGAACCGCAAGAAGGUCAUAUUGAGUGGCCGACCAGACUACAGUGUCUGGUACGGAGAGAGUGAGGCUUUGUGCCUCAAUGUUUUGAUUCUUAAGGCAAAGGGGCCGCCCAAGGCGACAAACCCGAUUGCCCAACUGCUCGGGUACAUGGGCUGCAUUCACCGAGCCCGCAAGUCAGAGGGCAAGCGCAACUGUGGGGUGUAUGGAAUGGCCUCCACUGGCGAAACUUGGACUUUCCUGAAAAUCAGCAACGACUCCAAGUGGACAGAACACCCGGUUGCGGGCCGUCAUGGCCAUCUGGAGAAGCCAUUUGGCUUGCUUGUAUGGACGUUGAAGAGGGCUGCUGCUCUCUCCACUUCCCAUUCUAAAGAGACCUCCGCUGGAACGGAUGAUAAGGUGGGCCUGUGCCCAAUGGAUCUUGAAUCGGCUGAGUGA